CUUUGUCCUGCUAGUUUCCGUUUGUGCCAGUUGCAUGGUAGCUAGCAAACAUACGUCAGCUCCAGUUUACCUCGAAAAGUGAAUUGUUGACUGUUGUGAAUAGAGUGUCAAGCAUCUGGGAAAUAUUAGCCUAAAGGUGUGUGUGUGUGUGUGUAUGUGUGUUUUGUUGGCCCACAUACAGGGCAAACAUUUGUAAACUGGUAGCGAUAAACAGCUCUCAACUAUCACCACAAGGCACAGGGACCAUGGAGGGACGCUAACUAUAGCUGAAUGUUGCUAACGUUUUCGGUUCCAGUCUUUCAACACCAGCUAAGCCAACGUGCGUGGCAUUAACAUCGCACUACUUCUGCAUUUGUGGUUAUGUGUUUGUCAUGUUAAACUGAGCAGCUGUCAACCCUCCUGACAGCCCGUACACCUGCCUCAGACCUGCGAAGCCAAGGUCAAGUGGCUCCAUCCAGGACAGUUUGAGAAAUGCACCACCUUAAUGGGAUGUAAGAUCAGCUGUAGAGGAUAUCUUAUUUGUCUGCAGGAACACACUUCCGACUGUUUGCGGCCUAAACAGGUGCAUCAAUGAACGAAGAGACUCUUGAAGAAUCUCCCAAGAGCCCGCUCCCUGGCAGUGAGCCCGUGGAAGAAGAUGUGGGACAAAGCACAGAGAGGAAGAGCAGUGAGGCGGAAAACACCUCUGAGACAGCACCGGCUCCGGAGCCCACAGCUACCCCGGACAGCCUCGACUCAAAGGAAAACCCCAGCUCAGAUCCAGUAACGGAUACAGAGAAAGAGAUCAAGGAGGAAGAGGGGGACGACAUUAGGGUCACCGCUGGCGAGCCUCCCAUUGACUGGUUUGAGCCUCUGGAGGAUGAUGAUGAUGCUGACAGUGUUGGUCGGAAUGAUGCAGAGGAAGACAGCCUGGCAGGAGAAAGCGAGAGGAGCGAGAGCGUGCCAGGCAGUGAGAAGACCUUCAAAAAGAUUUAUCAGCUUAACGUUCCCCGCCGGAAGCGAUCACAUCCUGAUGAGGGAUGGGUUGAGUGGCCAAUACUUGGAGAGGGGUGGAAACGCAAAGAAGUUGUUCGACGCUCAGGUUCCAGUGUUGGACAGAAGGAUGUAUAUUACUUGGGUCCGCGAGGGGAUCGAGUGAGAAGCCGAGUAGAACUGGUUUCAGUGCUGGAGGGAUUUCUUGACUUGUCAACAUUUGAUUACAAGACAGGAAAGUUCUACGAAGGUGUCGCACCACCGACAAGAACUCGAAACAGAAUGAAGAGAAAGAUGCGGGAGCGUUCUUCUUCAGAGUCCAGCUGGGUGGACAGAGGAGAGGGGGCGGACACACCAGACUCCCACCACAGGCUCACCCCCAGUCUGGUGCCCAAAAACCUCAGCAGCAACCAGACAAAUUUCUCACCACAUAGUACGAUGGGAACCUCAAACCAAGCUCCUCGCAGUGAGGAGCGAUCUUCGGAAGUUAGAAUUAAACUUCCUCCUCCCUCGUCAUCUUCCAAACCAAUCCCUAUCCCUUCCAUAAAUGGAGACGUUAUGACGGAGGACAAUACUCUGUUCUGUGCCAAAUGUGGUAUUUCCUUCAUAGGCACAUGGUAUGACAAACAAAGGAAGAGGCCCUGCUGUCCCGGCUGUUGGGCUGCAUCAAAGACAAAAGAGCAUCCGAUGAUUCGCUUCAGAAAGUGGAUUCCAUGUGGACAGUGUGUGGGAUGCCACAACAAUAUAAACUGUGGGCAGUGCGCCAACUGCAAGCAUGGCCUGCAGAGCCCCGAGUCCCGGAAACGCAUAUGCCGGAAAAGGAAAUGCAUAUGUCCCAUUCGCAAGGGCCCUGGAAGUGCAGGCUAUAUGCCACAGACACUUUAUAAUGACAUUCCUGAUACAUUUGAUGACAUUAGUUUCCAGGGUGAAGUUAUGGAAUCACAGCACCUGAGCCUCAAAAGCAGUGACACAGAGAACAUCCACGUCAACGUGGACGUCGAUGAUGAGGAAGACCUGUCAACAGAUGACGACGAUGAUUGGCAUAAGAAGCGGAAGCGGCGAUCGUGUGGUGAAUGUAAAGCCUGUCUCUGCAGGAAAGACUGUGGCACGUGUGAUUUUUGUGUAGACAAACCCAAAUUUGGAGGCAGCAAUAAGAAGAGGCAGAAGUGUCGACUACGCCAGUGUCAGAGACAGGCAAUGAUGGGACAAGGUGACUACGGGCCAGAUGGCCAAAUGCUUCCUGGCAGGCCUAGACCUCACUACACAUACAGUCGGAAGUCAAAUUUCAAGAAAAACAGAGCGUCGGCAUCAGGCUUAGACUUCAGUGACAAUGAAGAUGAUGACUUACCAUUUAGUCAUUUGGAUUUCGGAGACAGGAAUGGAUUGCCUCACAUCGGCAACCACAACUCUGAGCUUGACCAGCUAAGCAGAUGGAAUGCAGCGAGAUCACGCUCAAAAUAUGUUGAUGAUGAUGACGACGACGAUGACGAAGAUGAAGAGGAGUUGCCCAUGAUCACACAGAUCUUCAGUUUGGCUGAUAACCCGGCUAGCAGCGGUGUGGAUGUAGAAAACCAGCUGAUGAAGCUGCUACACUCUUUGCGCUCCUCCGCACUGCCAAUCCUUUGGUAUGCCAUAAUGGUGGAGGGACCGCAGCUGCAGCUCAUCCAGUGUUCUAAACAGUCCGCUAUGACUGACACCACAGUGCUGAUCGACCCGGGCUUCUGCUAUCAGGUCACCGUCCAGAAGCAGCCACUGCUCCCCACCCAUUCGCUGUACGACACGUACCCAGGACGCCUGACCUCAGUGACUGAAGUGGUCAAUCUGCUUUUGGGCCUGGCGAAGUACGUUAUGUGCCAGGGACUGCCACCCAAACAGCCAUCAUCUAAUAAAGACCCAGUCAUACUGGCGCGGGCGUCAACAUGUGAUUUCUUGGUGAAGAGGAAAGUCCGCAUCUGUGCUAACUGCAGAGCGCUGAGAGGACUUUAACGCCAGUAGAGACAGAAGACCACUGGUUCUAUGGUGCAACUUUGUGCCAUGCUCUUGUUUUUCCUUUCUGUUGUUCUUUUGGUAAUAACACAUAGGACAAUUUACAGAUUUACCUCUGGACUGCAAAAGUAUGAUUUAAAUAUCUAAAUCACCAAAGGCAUUCCAGGAGCUGUGACAUAAUAAUCCAGGCGUGUUCCUUCUCAGAUGUUUUCUGUUACAUUGGUUUAGGGCUUUUCUUCACGACUGUUACGUCAGUUUUGGGCAGUGUGAUGGAUAGAGCCCACUGUAUGGUUAUUGUGCUUUUAGUUGAUUCACACUUUUACUUGAGGAAUCUUUAACCCUCACCCACCUGAACACUUUUCGUCUUCUUUCAACCUCAAACUUUGACUCUGUUCCAAAAAAUGAAAGUGAAAUUGUUAGCACUAAACCCUCUUUUCUUUUGAGCAGCAAUUUUUUGGCCGCAGCGUCAACAAUGGUGCAUUGCUACCUGUAUAUUGUGUUCCAUAUUGGAGGUAACCGGCAGACUGAUGGUUUUUGGUCAAAUAAAAAAGAAAGACUUUUUA